GCAGUCUACACCAGUAUUACAUUUUAAAACAUAACGAAUUUACAACAGUUUAACGAUCAGUAAAAAAAUAAUAAAACAUUUCACUCAACAUGCGAUAUAAAAUAACUUUAUUUGUUUGCUUUGCGUUACUUUGCUUAUCGAAUUGCAUAAAAGUAAACAUGCAAGGUUCAUUAACCAUGGGACGAGACGUUAUGGAUGCACUUUCUGAAUAUGUCAAUAGAUAUUAUAUCAGUGGCAGAAGAUCUAUGAAUAUUGAUAAUCAAAAAUCACAUGGCAUAUCUACAACAGUACAGUCUGUAUCUCUAUGUAAUAAAUUGGAUUUCUGUCGACGAAAACUGAAAAUGUUCUUGAACGAGUAUAUUAUUGCCAUAGACAGUGAAUUGGAAAGAAUUUUCGAAGAUCUAAAACAAAAUAAUCAAGUAGAUGAGGAAAAUAAAUCUGUAGAAAAUCCCAACAAUCUAAUUUUCAAAGAACAAUUAAAACUAUGCUUGAAAGAUAUAAAAAGAAUACUUAAAAUGGCAAAUGAGAAAAUAUCUGAAGAAAACGAAGCUUACGUGUGGACUGAUGUAAUUAAAAAAAUCAGCGCAAAAUUCCAAGAAACAGCUCAAUGGUUCGUAAAUGAGAGACUAGAAGGAAAUCCGGACGUUAUAGGUGAAAUUAAAAGCAAAUUAAUGCAAGAGAUAAUAACCAGUACUGCAAAAGUAGAGAGCAAAUUUCAAUCAAAAUUGUGCGCCGAACACAACAUUUGUACCAAAUCUUAUGAAUGCACAAAAGGCCUAAACGCUUUAUUGAUACAAUUUAACAAUACAACUGAAGAAAAGGUUAAAAACUUCGUUCGCACCUUCUACGAACUCUUACCUGAAACUGGAUUUUAUAGCAAAUUAAGAGAUGUUACAGGAACAGAGUUCCAAGUGAUUCUAAACGACAUGUCAUAUGGAAAUGUGGUGACAAAAGACGUCUUUAUGGCACUGCACAAAUCAUUGCAAAUUAGAUUGAAAUCACUUAACACUAACACAGAAAUAUCCAAAGAAAAAGAUGUUGAACUACUUAAUUUAAUACUUUCGGAUAUGGAUCACUUUUAUAGCAAACAUAAGCCUGAACCGUUUUAUAAAUUUCUGGACAGUUUUAACCAUUGGUCAAAGUUUGGUGGUCGGUUGAAUCCUCAUGUUAAACAAUUGAUGAAAGAUAUUUCCCAACAAAUAUCGGAACAAUCGGAAACGUUGUUUGACAAAUUGGUUAAUGAAGUGAGAGUGUUUUUAGAAAUAACUGUAGACCCAGAGCAAUAAAUUGUUUGAAUUUGUAAUAAAUUAAAAA